AUGCAAUUGCACAGAAGCUUUUGGGUCCUGGGCAAUCCGGUGUCCCAGGCUCCUGACAUCCUGGUGAGGUUAGCUGAGUUGGAAACCGGGAAGCCCUAUGAGUUGGUAGACAUGGGACCCCUUGUGAAGGGGAGGGCUGGCUGGCUCUUUUCUGAAGUCCCCCUAAGUCGGAAAAAAGCGGGUCUCUGUGAUGCCCGGGACCAAGCAAGCGACUACGACUCCCAGGGUGCUCUGCGCCCACACGCCCGGGGCGACUUCAGCUCCCAGGGUGCUCUGCACCAGUACUCCCACAGAGACUACGACUCCCAGGAUGCUCUGCGCUGGCACCACCGCGGUGACUACGACUCCCAGGGUGCUCUGCGCCGGCAUGCCUACAGCGACUACGGCUCCCAGUUAGCGGCUCCGGAACAACGCGCGGCCGCGAUCUCCGAGCAAGACCCGCGCAACGCGGUCUGUCCAGGGAAGGGGGAGUCGGGCGCGCAGACUACGGUGGCCGACAGGGGGCGGCGGCGCUCGAGCCACGGUGGCAGCGGGCCCGCGGCGGCGGAAGAUGAGGUGCGGGACGCGAUCGCGGGCCCCGACUUGGGCGGCGGAGGGGACGCGUCAGCCUCAGCCCCUGACAAGGACGGAGACGGCAGUGUCGACAGCCGCCACUUGGAGCUGAGGUGCCAUCGCCUGCAGGAUUCUUUGUUCAGCUCUGACAGUGGCUUCAGCAACUACCGUGGCAUCUUGAACUGGUGUGUGGUGAUGCUGAUCUUGAGCAAUGCGCGGUUAUUUUUGGAGAACCUUAUCAAGUAUGGCAUCCUGGUGGACCCCAUCCAGGUGGUGUCUCUGUUCCUGAAGGACCCCUACAGCUGGCCUGCCCUGUGCCUGGUUAUUGUGGCCAAUGUCUUUGUCGUGGCUGCAUUCCAGGUUGAGAAGCGCCUGGCGGUGGGUGCCCUGACGGAGCAGGCAGGGUUGCUGCUGCACAUCACCAACCUGACCACCAUUCUCUGUUUCCCGGCAGCUGUGGCCCUACUGGUUGAGUCCAUCACUCCAGUGGGCUCCAUGCUGGCGCUGUUAGUGUACAGCUGCAUCUUCCUCAAGCUCUUCUCCUACCACGACGUCAACCUGUGGUGCCGCAGGGCCAGGGCCAAGGCCAAGGCUGCUUCUGCAGGGAAGAAGGCUGGCAGUGCUGCUGCCCAGCACACUGUGAGCUACCCGGACAACCUGACCUACCGUGAUCUCUACUACUUCCUCUUUGUCCCCACUUUGUGUUAUGAGCUCAACUUUCCUCGCUCCCCUCGCAUUCGGAAGCGCUUUCUUCUGCGACGCCUCCUUGAGAUGCUGUUCUUCACGCAGCUCCAGGUGGGGCUGAUCCAGCAGUGGAUGGUCCCCACCAUCCAGAACUCCAUGAAGCCCUUCAAGGACAUGGACUAUUCACGCAUCAUUGAGCGCCUCCUGAAGCUGGCGGUCCCCAACCACCUCAUCUGGCUCAUCUUCUUCUACUGGCUCUUCCACUCCUGUAUGAAUGCUGUGGCAGAGCUCAUGCAGUUUGGAGACCGGGAGUUCUACCGAGACUGGUGGAACUCCGAGUCUGUCACUUACUUCUGGCAGAACUGGAACAUCCCUGUGCACAAGUGGUGCAUCAGACACUUCUACAAGCCCAUGCUUCGACGGGGCACCAGCAAGUGGAUGGCCAGGAUAGGUGUGUUCCUGGCCUCAGCCUUCUUCCAUGAGUACCUGGUGAGCAUCCCCCUAAGAAUGUUCCGCCUCUGGGCGUUUACGGGCAUGAUGGCUCAGCUCCCACUGGCCUGGAUUGUUGGCCGCUUCUUCCGGGGCAACUAUGGCAACGCGGCCGUGUGGCUGACACUCAUCAUCGGGCAGCCAGUGGCUGUGCUUAUGUACGUCCACGACUACUACGUGCUCAACUAUGAGGCCCCUACAGCAGAGGCCUGAGCUGCUCCUAAGGGCCUGGCCUCUCCUCACUGCCACCUCACUGCCUAUGGCCAGAGCCGGCCCUCUCCCUCCUGGGCCUCGUGUGUUGGAGAUGGGCCCUGGCUGUACAGCAUCCUCCUCCUACUCCAGGGAGGCCUCUCUGCCCCUAUGGGGCUCCCUCCUGAACCCCUUAGGGAUGGUGACAGCAGACCAGGCACAGACUGCUGCCAGCCAGAAGUCUUGUGCUGACCCUGCCCUAGGGACUGAGGUUGUCAAUAAAGUGCUGUCCAGUGA